GACGACGAGAAUUAUGACUAUAUUGUAACAAGUGGCGAAGUCUUCUUUGGACGGUACAACAUCAAAGAACGUAUUGGUAAAGGAUCCUUCGGUCAAGUAGUUCGUGCGGAGGACAUUGAAACAAACCAGGAAGUGGCAAUAAAAAUUAUCAAAUCGAAGAAACCCUUUGCACUACAGGCAAAAACGGAAAUCGAGCUUUUGACACACUUGCUGGAUAAGGAUGUUGAAGAUCAGCACAACGUUGUGCGACUCUUAACCCAUUUUGUUUAUCGUGGCCACCAAUGUCUUGUUUUUGAGAUGCUUUCUCUUAAUCUAUAUGAAUUGUUGAAGAAUACGCAGUUUAGCGGUGUAUCAUUGAAUCUAAUUCGAAAGUUCGCCAAGCAAGUUUUGAAGGCGCUCUCAUUUCUUGCCCGACCGGACGUGGAUGUUAUUCAUUGUGAUUUGAAACCAGAAAAUAUUUUACUGCGGCAUCCAAAGAAGAGCGGCGUGAAAGUUAUUGAUUUUGGAUCAUCAUGUCGGUCAAACAAACGGAUGUAUUCUUAUAUUCAAAGUCGCUUCUAUCGGUCACCUGAGGUCAUACUUGGACUGCCUUACGGCGUGGCGAUUGACAUGUGGAGUCUUGGAUGUAUAUUGGCAGAGAUGCACACUGGUGAACCCGUUUUUUCCGGCUCCGAUCAGUUUGAUCAGAUGCAAAAGAUAGUUAAAAUACUUGGCAUGAUCCCCAACAGCAUGCUCAACCGAUCGAGCAGUCAAACCCGGAAUCAGUUCUUUCAGCGAAAACAAUCGACUGUUACCGGGCGAGAAGAAUGGACGAUACGUCAAGUAAAAAAGUCCUCAUCCUCUUUCGAGGCGUACAACACCCAGCGAAAUUACGAACUUUUCGUCGACCUUGUAUACAAGAUGCUAGCCUACGAGCCUGAUCAAAGAAUUACGCCUGCAGAAGCGAUGGCGCAUCCUUUCAUU